CAUUACGUUGGCCUUAGCCACUCUGUCCUGUACGCCACGCAGAGUCCAUCAGGCUGUCUUGGGUUUUGUGAGGUAAAACUUGGGGGAAAUAAAAUUGUUAAGUUGCCGAUAAGCGUUGAAAUGGAAGUUGAGGAUAGCCCAAAUCGGUCGAAACCGGAAACCGAGAAAGGGGCCAAGGAGAAUAGCAGUGCGGCCGGGAAUCAUGGAGAUGCCCACAUGAAUGGAAUGUCCAACGGUUAUGAAGCUCGUAAAGAGCACAAGAGCGAUCACCGGAGUAAAGAUCGUUCUCACAAAUCUGAACACCGGGACAAAGAUCGUAGUCGCAGUGACAAAGACAAGAGUCACAAGAGUGAGCACCGUGACAAAGACAAAGAACGUCACAAGCACAGCUCGAGUUCAAGUAGUAAAGAUAAAGACAGGCAUGGAUCAGGUAGUUCCAGCAGCAAAGACAAGGAAAGUAGAGAGAAGAAACCAUCGUCAAGCAGAGAUAAGGACAAGGAACGUGAACACAAGAGUUCAUCAUCUAGCAAAGAAAAGGAACGAGAAAAGAGUCGUGAGCAUCAUCACAAAUCCUCGAGUUCCAAGGACAAGGAGACCUCCAAAGAAUCCAAACACCAUUCGAGCUCCAAUUCUAAGGACAAGGAGAGCUCGAGGAGUAAAGACAAGGACAAGGAUAAGCAUCGCCACAGCUCCAAGGAUGAUAAGGACAAAUCGAAGGAUAAAGAUCGUAAGCAUUCCUCUGACAAGGAUAAAGAACGUCAUUCGAAUUCCCAUUCGUCCGCUGAUAAGGACAAAAAUCGGCUUGACAAGGACCGUCAUCGUCAUGAUCGUGACAAAGACAAGCAUCGUCAUGACAAGGACAAGGAGAGGAGCAAGCACAGAGACGAGAGGGACAGAAAGGAAGAGCCCAAGAUCAAGGAGGAGAACGAGGAGUUCAAUCAUCAGACUGUUACCUAUCAUCAGCAGUAUGACGUUAAAAUAGAGAUCAAGGAUGAAUCGAUGACGAUGAUUGAUGGAGAGGACGAUGGUAAUAGCAGCGAUGAGAAUGGACUUUAUAUCAAGGAAGAGGACGACGAGGAGUACAAGCAGGAAAAUUCGACUGACGAUGGCAAUAAUACGAGAUUAUCUGAACUACAUAAUACUACUUUGAAAACUGAAGAGGAAUCCGAGGAGGAUGUCCCACUGGCCGCAAGAAGAUCAGUGUCAUCACCUAGCCUUAAAAGAAAAGUAGACAGUAGUGAUGAAGACGAGAUCCCACUGUCAGCUAGGAAGAAAGUUAAGAAACAAUCGGAUAAAAGUAAAAAGAAGAAAAAGAGAAAAAAUGACGAUGACGGCGAGGAUUUGGCUGAAAAGAAACCCAAGAAGAAAUCUGCAAAAACUCCAAAAACCGAAAGCUCAACUCCCAGCCCACGAAAGAAGAAGAAGGAGGAGGAAGAGGUUGAAGUUUGGAAAUGGUGGGAAGAAAAGCCCCGAGAGGACGGUAAAAAAUGGACAUUCCUGGAGCACAAGGGUCCAGUCUUUGCGCCCGAAUACGAGCCUCUCCCUUCCGACGUAAAAUUCUUGUACAAUGGAAAAGAAAUGAAACUCACACCCGAGACAGAGGAAGUAGCAACAUUCUACGCUCGUAUGUUAAAUCACGAUUACACAACCAAACCAGCAUUCAACGAGAAUUUCUUCCACGAUUGGCGUGAAGUUAUGACAGAAGAUGAGCGCAGAAGAAUAAUGGAGCUCUCAAAGUGUAAUUUCACCCGAAUGCACGAGUAUUUCAACCAAAAAUCAGAGGAGCGUAAGGCCAUGUCGAAGGAGGACAAAAAAGCGAUAAAAGAGAAGAACGAGGAGAUCCAGAAAGAGUACGGUUUCUGCACCAUCGACGGUCAUCCGGAGAAAAUUGGAAAUUUCCGAAUCGAGCCACCGGGUCUGUUUCGAGGCCGAGGGGAGCAUCCGAAGAUGGGAAAGCUGAAGAGACGAGUACAACCAGAGGACGUCAUAAUAAAUUGCUCCAAAGAUUCGAAAUUUCCAAAGCCUCCGUCUGGCCACAAAUGGAAGGAGAUUCGUCAUGAUCCUGGUGUUACGUGGCUCGCCUCCUGGAAUGAAAAAAUUCAGGGACAGGUUAAAUAUGUUAUGCUUAAUCCUUCGAGUAAGCUCAAGGGCCAGAAGGACAUGGACAAGUACAAUACUGCCAGGAAACUCUCGGGUUUGAUCGACAAUAUUCGUAAAAAAUAUCGUGAGGAUUGGAAGAGCAAAGAGAUGAAAACACGACAGAGAGCAGUUGCCCUGUAUUUCAUUGAUAAAUUGGCGCUCAGGGCUGGUAAUGAGAAGGACGAAGAUCAGGCUGAUACUGUUGGCUGUUGCUCACUUAGAGUUGAACAUAUUUCACUUCACGAGAAAAAAGAUGACGCCGAGUACGUUGUUGUUUUUGAUUUUCUCGGUAAAGAUUCCAUUAGGUACAAUAAUUCUGUUCCUGUUGAAAAACGUGUGUUCAAAAAUUUGGAAUUAUUUAUGGAGAACAAAUCAGCUGGUGAUGAUUUAUUCGAUAGAAUAACGACAACUGAUCUCAAUAAACAUCUCAACGAAUUGAUGGACGGCCUCACAGCUAAAGUUUUCAGGACUUACAAUGCGUCAAUCACACUUCAACAACAAUUGGAACAGCUCACAAAUCCUGAUGAUACAUUUGCUGAAAAAUUAUUGUCUUAUAAUCGGGCUAACAGGGCUGUUGCCAUUCUCUGUAACCAUCAGCGCUCGAUACCCAAGGGCCAUGCUAAAACCAUGGAAAAUCUCAAAGGGAAGAUCGAGGCGAAGAAGGAGAGCAUUAAGGAGACAGAGAUUGCGGUGAAGGACGCCAAGAGAGAGGCCAGGGACUCGGUUACUGGGAAAGCAUUGUAUGAGAAGAAGAAGAAACAACUGGAGAGACUUAAGGAUCAGCUGACGAAACUUGAGGUGCAGGAGACGGAUAGAGAGGAGAAUAAAACCAUUGCAUUGAGUACAUCGAAACUGAAUUAUCUGGAUCCCCGGAUCUCUGUGGCUUGGUGUAAGAAGUAUGAUGUACCUAUUGAAAGAAUUUACAACAAAACUCAACGUGACAAAUUCAAGUGGGCGAUAGAUAUGACCACAGAGGAUUACGAUUUCUUAGCACCCCCUGAGGACGACUAGAAAGCACCUCACAACAAAUUUAAAUGGAACUUAGAAACCUAGUGGCGGAAAGCAGAAGAUACAACGUUAAUUAUCCCGUAUUUACUGCGUGACAAAGACAAAUAGACCAACACUAUAAUUUUUUAUUCUCAAAUGAAAACGGGGAGAUGGAGUAGGUGAAAAAAAAAAGUGUGAUUGUGCUUCAAUUACCCGUGUAUCGUGGGUAUGAGUGUGACACAAGAGAAUAUAAUUAUAAUUCAAUCAUUGAAUCGACAAUUCGUUGAUAAAAGUAAUAACUACAAUGAAUUAUUGUAAUUGGUGAAUUGAAUGUCGAUUGAGAGGAAACGUUUAACUAAUCAUAUGUGGAAGUACAGAACUACUUUACAACGUAUUUUAGGGUUUAAUCAAUCUAAUGGUUGUAGCUGAAUGAUAAACGAGAGAACCGAAUCAUUUUCAUUAGCAAAAUUAUCAUUUGUAAUUUAGAAUGUAUACUCGACGUACGAAUGUUAGGUGUGAUUUGAUAUAAAUGAAAAAUUGUGUAAAUAUAAUCGAUUAAAGCAAUAUUUGAGCGAC